AUUCAUGGAUAAGACAAACAGUAAAACAAUCAUUGAUUGAGUGAUGCAUUGAAUUGGUGUUGAAUUUAGUGAUAAUCGGUGUAAUUAUCCAUCAAUUUUAGUCAUGUCUUAUGUCAAACAGGUCUGGGAGUUAACAGCGAUGACCGACACGGAGGACAUGGACUUUGUUUACGCCGAUUGCGACCAACUUUCCAAUGAAAUGGCAGAACUAUAUUCAUAUACUGAAGAAAAUGAAUUUAUUGUCAAUAAAGGGAUUUUUGAAGAAUUGAUGGAAGACUUUGGUUUUCCGUUGAAAUGGACACAUAUGUCACCGCAACAGAAGAGUAGAGCUAUUGAGCGGUUGUCUGAAGGAAUCGAAGUGUCGAACAGAGGCCGUCGUAUGCGAUCAGUUCGGGCCAUACUUUACCUAAUUCAGGGCAACUUCGGCGAGUGUCUCACCAUUGAUGAACAGCCAAAGUAUUGUCGACAAAAUGUAUUUUUGUUGUAUGAGUCGGGACUGUUCGCCACAUUUGUACAAUUGCUUCACAUGGAGAUCGAUAGCGCGUCCAACACUGUCCUCAAAAAAUCGGCCGUAAGUUUGGGUGAUUCGUUAGACUUAAGGAUUAUUUUAUCGGUUUUAUACACAUUUGUGGCCGUAAUGAAUGUCAAUGAAGASGCAGACAGCGAUCACUUUAAAGAACUUCAAAAACAAUUUAUUGAAGAGUUGUCACAACCGAAUGGUAACGAAUUGUUGGUCAUUACUCUAUUUCAGAUGAUAACCAAAUUUUGUACCCAAACGCCGCCUCCUUUUCCUAUCAAAAAAGUAUUGCUUUUGUUAUGGAAAACAUUAGUCAUAACUCUUGGAGGUAUUGAAGUCUUAAGAAACACAAAGAAUCUCUACAGAAUCAGAUGUGGUUUGAGUUCAAUAACUGAUGACACACUAGAAGUGACUCGACAUAUGAGAGCUGCCUCUCCUCCAGCCAGUGCUACCGAUCUUAUUGAGGCUCAACAGCAAAGAAAAAUGAAUCGUCCGUUUAAAAGACAAACUGUGGUCAAACAGCCCUCAAUGACUGGUGACGAGUCAAUUGGUUAUCAGGACUUUGAAGCAAAUAAUGAGUCAAAUGAUGAAGAACUUAUGUCAGUUGAUGAAAGAAUCAGUUCAUAUAAUAAUGAACUAAACAAUGAAAAAAAUGGAACUCUUGUUACAGACAGUGAAAGAGAAAUUAGAAAUAAUGCGACAAAUGAUGAGAAAGACGGUGAGGGACGUCCCGGAUCACCGCGACCUAAAACUUUGCCGAAACCAAGAUAUUCUGAUGAAGUUAAUGAAAGUCAUCCAACAGCGCCACACGUGAAUCAAAUGAGCGAAUCGGGUAUAGAUUUACCACAAUUACACAAAGGCUUGCCUUGGGUUCCGAAAGUGAGACAAAAAGACAUCGACAUCUUCUUGGAUCACACAAGACUUAAGUUUGUUGGAUAUGUACUUCCAAACGAUCGAACAACGACUGCAGGACUUCCUGAGCCUAUUCUUGAAGGUAUUAAAAUACUUGAGCGACACGUCUACAUCUCAUUGUCUGAAUUGCAAAUGAAAAGAGAAGAAGAACUUCACAAAUAUCCACUGACUGUCAAAGAAUUGGAUGAAUUGCCGCUCACUUCAAACGCAGAGAUUUUAUAUUAUGCAAUGCUUCCCAGUUUACCGCAGUAUAUGAUUGCUUUGCUUAAAAUAUUGUUGGCGGCGGCGCCCACUUCUAAAACAAAGAAUGAUUCGCCAAAUAUUAUGUCAGAUGUAUUGCCUGAAGAGAUGCCGAUGACAGUUCUUCAGUCGAUGAAAUUAGGUAUUGAUGUGAACCGACAUAAAGAGAUAAUCAUAAAAGCCGUUUCAGCCAUACUUUUAUUACUUUUAAAGCAUUACAAACUUAAUCAUAUCUAUCAGUUUGAAUAUAUUAGUCAACAACUAAUGUUUGCUAAUUGUAUACCAUUAGUAUUGAAAUUUUUCAAUCAAAAUAUAUCGUCGUAUAUAACCUCUAAAAACACUAUAUCAGUGAUAGACUUCCCCACCUGUGUUAUCGGGGAACAGCCCGAGUUAACCGCUGAUACCCUAGAGUUUGGCGAAACACAGGCCUAUUGCUGGAGAAAUAUGUUUAGUUGUAUUAAUUUACUUCGCAUUCUUAACAAACUAACAAAAUGGAAACACUCGAGGAUUAUGAUGUUAGUGGUGUUCAAAUCGGCUCCGAUACUCAAGAGAGCACUCAAAGUACGGCACGCAAUGUUACAGUUGUAUGUAUUGAAACUUUUGAAAAUGCAGGCAAAAUAUUUGGGAAGACAGUGGAGGAAAUCCAAUAUGAAAACUAUGAGUGCUAUCUAUCAGAAAGUUAGACAUAGACUCAACGAUGAUUGGGCCUAUGGUAAUGACUUGGAUGCCCGUCCCUGGGAUUUCCAGGCAGAGGAGUUCACACUUCAGGCUAAUAUAAAUGGUUUUCAUAAUCGUCGUUAUGAGAAGCAAUGUUCAACAGGUGUGUCUCAGCCACAACUCUUGUCCAAUCCAUCGGUUACUUCGGCUAAUUCUCCUUCAAAUGCCAUUUCAUUGGACGCUAUGUCAGCAGAUAUCUUGCAAUCCGUUGAUAAUAAUUUUCUAUCAAUACUUAGCAAAGAAAUUGAAUUAACAAAAGAGUUUAAAUAUAAUUAUGAGACAUGGCUUGAGAGGGAAGUCUUUCAAUUCAAUAUAGAUUGGGAUCAGCUUUUAUUCGCAACGAAUACCAUUGAAACAUAAAUUGUUUUUUUAGUUAUUUAAUGCAAUAUUUUUUUAUAAUAUUAAUAUCAAAUAUUUCAUUUAUUUUUAUUUCAUAUUAUGU